GCUAAAAAAACUCGUUGGACAGAAGAAGGAUUUUUGAGAACCAAAAAAAAAACGAAGGAGGAAAAGGGAUUUGGUUUUAUUGGAGAGUGUGAAUUGUUGUUUAGAAGCGCCGAGAUUACAAAUUGGAGGGUGAAUUUGAGCAGAGAAUGGAAGAAAUAAGAUCAGCGAUGGAACAGCAGAUGGAUCUGAUGGCGGAUCUGGUCCACAAACUCUCCGGAGAGCUCCGUACCGGAUUGCAACCUGCCUACGAGAAUUUCAUUGGUUUCUUCCACGCCAUUGAUUGGAAGGAACCUUGGAUUGUGGGAUUAAUGGCGUUUCAUGCUCUGGUGCUAAUUGUGACUCUUGUUUCGAGAAGGCAUCUCAACUUCCACAUGUUCUUGUUCUUAUUGUCUUUGGGUGGAGUUUACUUUGCAGAGAGUCUCAACCGAGUCUUGAGAAAGAACUGGAAGAGCUUCUCAACUCAGAAUUACUUUGACCCCCACGGAGCCUUCCUAUCUGUUCUCUGGUCAGGACCACUUUUGGUCAUUGCAAUCAUAAUCCUGAUAAACACACUGUUCUCGCUUUGCUACCUUAUUGUAAAAUGGAAAAGAGCUGAGCUCAGGCAUCGUGCAAGGCUUGCUCGUCCCAAGCAGGAAUAAUAGAUCCCAACUCUCUCUCUCUCUCUCUCUUUUUUUCUUUCUCGUAUCACAUCCUUUUUGUCACAUAUAUGUAUACUCUCCUCCCUCAUUUUGCAAUGCAAACUGUUAGUUUUCUUUUCU